GCCGUUAGUGGUUGCUAUGGAUACCAAACCACUUGCCUGUGAAAUUCGUUUUCUUGAAAACUCGGACCUGUAAUAGCACUCCGUCGUAUUCUUGAAUUAAAAUGAGCGAAAUUGGAAUCUUAGAAAUUAGCUGGAUUCAAGGAUUUACAAGAGACAAUGUCGAAUUUGUGGACAAUAAUACAGUGUGUUACGCGUGUGGGAAUCAUAUAUGCUUCCUAAACCUGGAGACGAAAACACGGAACGUAUUUCCGAGUCCUGGCAGAAGCGUCGGUGCGCUGACAACUGACUGCAGAAGUGGAACGUUUGCUUUCUCUGAGAGAAAAUUGGAUCCGUCUAUAUUUGUGCACACUUUUCCGGAAUUAGAGCUGAAAAAUGAACUGAAAGGAAAUACACCACUGGAUUAUACAUCUUUGACAUUAAGUGAUGGAGGGCCUUAUUUGGGCUCCUGCUCGUCGCUUCCUGACUACUCCAUCACAGUGUGGAACUGGGAAAAGGCUGAGUUGCUCUGUACACAGUCUCAAGGUGGACAGGAUGUAAUUUAUUUGGAGUUCAACCCCUUGAAUUGCCUCCAGCUUUGUGCUUUGGGCACCACAACCCUCACUCUCUGGAACAUAGAGAGAUGUGGGUCUUUCCAUCUGUUGAAACCAAGUGCAAUACAGCUUCCAGAAAUCCCGGACUCCUCUUCAGAGAAACCAACUCCCACUUCCACAAAGGACCCAAACUGCAUUUCUCAAAUUCUGGCUGCCCUUUCAGAGCCUAAGGCAGCCCCAGUAACUCCAUCUACCGUAUGCUGGACAGCCACAUCGCAACUUUGUGUGGGCUGUGCUGAAGGCUAUCUCCUUCUUGUUGAUCCCGAGAGCCUCUCUGUUUCAGUCCUUUUUGACCCUAAAGCUGCGGGUGCCAUUCCUGAACUCAAAAGCUUCUAUUUUCAAGCUGUAGCCCUUUAUGGCAAUGGUCUUAUUGCAGUAGGAAAGGAGAGUGUGAUGCACUGUCUGCAGAGCAAAGAGACUCAAAUCAGCAUCAGACAAACUUGGGAGUUAGAGAGACCUGUUACGACUGCAGUGGUCUCCCCCAACAAAGACAAACUGCUUCUGUCCGCCAAUACAGGGCAGAUCUAUGUGCUGAAGACAGCACAUAGAUCAGACCAGAUUGAGAAGAUCUUGGAUGAUCACAGUGGCAACUUUUUGUCAGCUGCUAUGUUCUCUGACAAGAACAUUUGUGUGUCAUUAAGGGAUAGUGGCAUUCUGCAGCUGUGGUCCUCCGGUGGCACCUGCAUCGCCUCCCUGCCCCUAGAAACAGAGGUGAUAAACGUCACCUGCUGUCCCAUUGCACAUUACGCCGCUGUUGGAACAGCUUCAGGAAAAAUCCUUUUCGUUGACUUGAACUUUGAGAAGCAGCUUCGCCUGGUGCACAAGGUUCAUCUCUACCACACUGCUGUGGAUCACAUAGUUUUUGAUCAAGAGGGGCGCUACCUUCUCUGCAGUGGAUUGGAUUCACAUCUAUAUGUACUCGAUGGAAGGCCAUCAGCAAAGUUUGCAGUUCUAGGAUAUGUCGAGGUUCCUGGCAGAAUUUUGUCACUUUCCACACAAUGCGUCGCCCGUGGUGAGGAUGUGAAAGGUCUUGCGCUCUGUGGUUCACAAGAGGACAAAAAGAAUGAGGGGAGCUGGCUGCUGAUAUUUUGUCUACCUUUCAAGGGCAUUGGAGGUCCUUUUUCUGUAGACCACCAAGGUUGUCUGCACAUUCCCAAAAUAUUCAAAUUCAAAGUGCCAGCUCCACUGACUUCCUGCAUUCUUGGGAUCGGUGAGGCCUUUGGUUAUUGUCACGAAAAAAAAUCUCUUCAGCGAUUUCAUUACCAAGAAAGUACAUAAUCAUUUUCCUUGGCUUCACGACAAAGUAUUAGUUUGUGCGUGUCUGUUAUAUAAACUUUUGAUAUCAAUAUAUUUGCAAUAAUCUGUAAAUACAUUGAUUAUUUUUUUUUUACUCAAAUAUUAUUGCAAAGUGCCACAGAUGUGACACUGCUGUUGUGCCUGCAGGAGCUCUGCUGUCAGCGGCGGUGUCAUUCAAAACGCCUCGGUGGAAUCCGGAGUGUGUCCUUCUCCCCAGACAGUCUGAAAGUCGUCACUACUGGCAUAGGCGAUGGGUCCCUCCUCUGCACUAAGACCAAAGCUGAAGAUGCAGAUAUAGCUCAUUUCAAAAGCCGCCAGAUUAGGGCUCAGUCCAUAAGGACCUCAUUCAUUUCUGAAAACCCCGUCCUGAUUAACCUUCCUGUGUGGGAAGAGGAGACUCCAGUUAGCAGCAAGAAAACGGAGGAAACCGAGUUCGGCCUUGAUGCAACAGAGGAAGAUGAGCAUUACCUUCCCCCUGCUUCAGCCACCACGUGGUUGGAAAAAAGACAUGAAGAAAUUGUGAAGGAAGACAACAAAGAGCAUGCAGAAACUAAGAAAGAGCUAAGAGAUACCAUGAAAGAGUUACGGGAGGCUGUUCAUAAAAUGAUGCUUGAGAAUGAAAGCUUCCCAAUAAAACAGUUUAACUUAGAUGUGGAGGAGCAGAAGAGACUGGACGCCAUGGCGGAGGAGGAAGCCCAGAAGGUGAAGGCCGAAAUUGAGCGGGAUAUUCUAGAAAAGCAGUACCAACGAGACGUCCUGAAGAGAGAAUGCUGGGAUUCUAUGUUGGUCAAACCCCGGAGCAUCAACGCGUUCCACUCUAAGUUAGCUGUGCAGAACUAUCCCCUCAAAGAUCGAAGAGAGAAGGAGUUGGAGGACAUCCGCAGGGUUCAAAAUAUGAGGACGAUUGAAAAAGCUGCAAGCAAACUGAUGGCCCAGAGGAAGGACAGCAGCAAACCAGAGGAAGGCCAUGUGGCAGAGAGUGCAGACAGUGAAGAACUCUCAGCUCUGUUAGCCCUUGCCAACAAAUACCUCUACGACCAGUUCAGCAUGCAAACUGUCGAACAGCGGGUCAACCAGAUCAUACUGAUACAGGACUUGAUUUAUAGUAUCAAGAUGGCUUUCAACUCCGACUUCGAUGCCCUGUUCAAGCGGAAACUGAAAGAGAUCAAAAUAGUGGACGACAGGAACAAAAACAUCAGGGACAUCAUGCUGGAGCUGGACAUCGAGGAGGAGCUGUGGGAGCCCCGCCUGGCCGACAUGGAGUGGCCAGAGAGGCUGUUAAUCGUGGAGGACUCUGAGAUUAAAGCGGAGAAAUACCUCACCCCAGAGCAGAAAGCAGAGGAGGAGAGGCUUAGGUUGGAGAGGGAGGCCCGCCUGGCUGCACACAAAGACGACAGCAGAGAGAGAGCUCUGAAAGACAUGAUGGACGGAGUCCUUGAAGUGAAAAAAGUGGACAUUUUAAAAGUGGAAAUAUUUCCUCCUGAGUUUUCUUUGACCAAACCUCCCAUUCAGUGGAGUGAAGAGGAGAAGAAAGUCUAUAAAGAAUAUGAAAAGAACUUUAAAGAGCUCACAGAGGAGAAGGAGAAAUAUAAACGGGGAUUGGAAUUUGAGAUGAAAAAGCUGCAUGAAAUAAUCAAAGAGUCAACGGAAAAGUUUGAUGAGUCACUCACAAAGCUGUUUGAGAAGAAAGUAAAGUUCAUGGCUACUAUAUAUCAGGAAGAGCUGAAAAUCACCUAUCUUGCCCAGGCGGUGCGCAAGGUGGAGGAGAUGAACCGGCAAGAGCAAGAGCUCAAGCUCAAACUUGAACAACUCCUGGCACAAAAGGUAAAGACAGAGAAAGACUUGAUGGGAUUCAAGGACAUGGUGGAACAGUUUCAGUUCGAGUACGAGGACAUUGUAGCCGAAGACAAAAAUCUCGACAGCGAAUUCAGGAAAGAGUUUGCUGAUCUACCAAAGUAUGUGACUGAUCAGCUUUACAAACUGUUCAAGCGUAGACCCAGAGUUCAAAGGAUGAGGACGCAGUCUGUAGAUGACUCCAACGUGUUCAGGCAGCACUGUCUGAACACCUCCGCUCUUGAUGGACUCAGCCAAACACUCGCUGGCAUGGAGGAGUCGGAUGCUCCGGAAAACAUGCCAAAAGGAGUGACCCAGUUUGUCUGGGAGAAAUUUUGUGCUGUGCGCAAAACAAAAGUAGAGAGUGAACAAAAGAUAAAAGUAAAUGGUUUGGAGCUUGCCGAGAUGCAGGCCUUCCUGCAGAGACGGUUAGAUGAAGAUAAUGCUGCCCAAGAAGAAAUUAAGCAGCAUUUUGAAGAACUCCGAAGCCUGAGGACCAAGAGGAACCAGCAUCUCAUGAACCCUAUGAUCCUGGUUGUCCUGCCACAGGGACAGGUGGAGACGUCCUCCGUGGAUCUGACAGCUGAAACGGCUGAGACUGACUACAUCCUUAUCAACAGAAGUGUGGUGGACAACCUCAAAGAGAAAAUCAGGAGAGUUGCAGAGCAGAAGAUAACCUACAUGGAGGCACGCUGUGAGGUCCGUAAGGACAUCAUCCAGCUGGAGUGGCAGCACCGGGUGUUGGACAAGAAGAUAGAGGACUUGCAUGAAAAGAAGAGAGAACUCAAGAUGCUUCGACUCUCAAAGGAUGACAUGGAAUGUCUCAGCAAGAAGGAUCCGAACAGUCACGUGUUGGAGAAAAUUUCGAAGAUGGAGAAAAGUAUUGAUUUCAUGAAACAGACCCAUAAAAGGGCCAUUCACCGGCGAAUGAAAAAGUUAAAACAGAUUAACAAAAAGAUAUCAAUGACAGCAGACAGCACUGAUGGUAUAAAGAAGAAUCUUCCUGAGAUGGAGACUUCUGUGGCAGAGCUGAGACAUAUUUACGAAGCCGCAGCUACCGAGGAAAAUGAGGCAGCGGAAAGAGACGAGCGCUACCAGGAGAUUGUUCAUAGGCGCAAACUGGAGGACCUCGCUAGGGCUAAGUCGGACGAACUGGACCUCCUCCGGAAGGAAGUUGAGCGUCUGGAAAGGAGGAAUUUUCCCUCACUCGAUCAGAUGAAAUACAACUAGCGCCCAACCCUAGUUGUAUUUGAGUUGUAGCUUAUUGUAACGAGCUUGGAAGUGCCUGAAAAUUACACAUGUUCGCGAUGUUGAGACAUUUGUCGUGUUUAUGUGUCGUUCUAACCAUUUCUCACUUGUAUUGCGUCAAGGCACAGUUGCCUUUGUGCUAUCUGUUACCACAUAGUUUAUUUAUUCAUACACUGAUUUGCUAACAGAAUAUUUAGUGUUAUUUUUGCUGCGAACAAGAGCAAGCACCAACAAUAAAUAAGAUGAAUUGUGUUAA